UGUGGAAUAACACUUUCUGUCAGGCUGUACACCUUGGAGGAAUCCAGCUAUAAUCAGGAUGUUGUGGGCAUGAUGGUGACAACCCAACCGUGACAAUGUACGAGGUGAUGUCCGGUGAAACCCUGUCCUGGAAGGUGCCCAGUCCCAGGCAGAGCACGGUCGAGCCCAGCCCCGAGUCGCUUAUCACGGGGGACGGAGGACCCAUCAAGAUCCUCAAAGUUUGCUUCUGCACCAACAACAACCUGGGCAAGAACUUCAAGCUGGUGAAAUGUGACAGUUCCUGGCAAGUUAGGGCAAUCAUUCGUUCGAUUCUGGUGAGCGGCCGUCUGGGUCCCAACAUCACUCACACAGCUUGUUACGGCCUCCUGCUGAAACACUUGAAGUCUGAUGAACUUCACUGGCUGCAUCCCGAUCUGACUGUUGGGGAAGUAGAGCAGCGCUACGAGAGCAAUCAUGUGGAGGCAGAGUGGAGGUAUGACCUUCGAAUCAGAUACGUUCCUGUUAAUUUCCUGGAAAAAUUCCAAGAUGAGAGAUCUACUUUGAUGUUUUUUUAUCAACAGGUGCGUAGUGACUAUAUGCAGUAUCAUGCCAGUAAAGUCAGUGAUGGGAUGGCUCUGCAACUCGGCUGUUUGGAGAUCAGGAGGUUCUAUAAAGACAUGAAUGCAAAAGGUCUAGAAAAGAAGUCGAACUUUGAGCUGCUAGAAAAAGAAGUGGGCCUGGACCUGUUCUUUCCUCAACAGCUGAUUAACAGCAUGAAGUCAAAACAGCUACGGAAGCUUAUCCAGCAAACGUUUCAGCAGUUUGCGACCCUCAAGGAGGACGACUGCGUGGUCAAGUUUUUCGAGACCCUCAAAGAAUUCGUCAGCUACGACGAAGAGGUCUUCCCAUGUGAACUAGUGCAAGGUUGGAGCCUGUCGGUGGAGCUGGUCGUCGGUGGGAGAGGAAUUCGCCAGCGCACACAGAAGGAUUCAGCGGCCGUGUUUCUUGCCGACUUCAAACAGAUCAAGUCGGUACAAUGUUCACCUCAGGGUGACGGCAAAGCUCUCCUGAACUUCAACAUAGAGGGGGCCAGACAGCGUCUAUCGAUCAACGUGGCCACGGUCCCUAUGGCAGAGAACAUGAUUGACCUUAUUGAUGGGUACUGCAGAUUGGAGAAUGACACAGAUGAAACUGUUAUCUCCCGACCAGGAAAAGAGGCUAAUGCAGAUCCCCUGCCGGAGAUUCCUACCGGCAGAGACGAAAGCACGGCAAGAUACAGUAUGGGGUCGGAUAUCUACUGUGAGAUCCUCGAUGAAAGGCCGAAAUCAGUGGUGAAGUAUGGGAUUGACCGAAAUGACAUCGCUCUCGGCCGAAUUCUCGGUGAGGGUUUUUUCGGGGAAGUCUACGAUGGAGUUUACAAGAAGAAUAAUGUAGAGAGGAUCAAUGUUGCAGUGAAAACCUGCAAAGACUGUUCGCCUGACGUGAUGGAGAAGUUCAUGAGCGAAGCAGUAAUAAUGAAGAGCCUGGAACAUCCUCACAUCGUCAAACUGAUCGGGAUCAUCGAGGAGGAUCCUGUGUGGAUCGUCAUGGAGCUUUAUCAGUACGGAGAGCUGGGAAACUACCUGACUCAGAACGAGACGACGCUGACCAACAUGACGCUGGUGCUGUUCAGUCUGCAGAUCUGCAAAGCCCUGGUCUACCUCUCCGGGGUCAACGUGGUUCACAGAGACAUUGCAGUCAGGAACGUGUUGGUUGCCAGUCAAGCCUGUGUGAAGCUCGGAGACUUUGGUCUGUCGAGGUAUAUCGAGGAGGAAGAAUAUUACAAAGCGUCUAUUACUCGGUUGCCCAUCAAGUGGAUGGCUCCAGAGUCCAUCAACUUCAGACGCUUCACCUCUGCCAGUGAUGUCUGGAUGUUUGCCGUGUGUGUGUGGGAGAUAAUGAGUCGCGGGCAGCAGCCGUUUUUCUGGCUGGAGAACAGAGAUGUGAUCAACCAACUGGAGCAGGGCAUCAGGCUGCCCAAACCGGAGAACUGCCCCCCGGCCCUCUACUCCCUCAUGACCCGCUGCUGGUCCUACGACCCCAGAGAGAGACCCACCUUCACCGAGCUGGUCGUCAAGAUCAGCGAUGUCCACAAGAUGGAGAAGGAGCAGGAAGUGGAGAGAGAGAGGGACCGAGCGCGCUCCACUAAAUUGUUUGACCCCAAGUUCACGAUAAAUGAGCCUCCACCCAAGCCUACGAGGAUGAAACCAACGCGGUUUGGGAACACGCUCAGUAUCGGGCUGCACAUUCAGCUGAAUGAGGCUUUGUGUGCCAGCUCACCUGAUCUGGCGAGUCCGAGUGAAUAUCAGACGCCCGUUGACUUCACCAACAUGCUGACGCUGCCGGCCCGGUCCCCUCGCCGUCGCAGCAUGGGGGAGAACGAGUUUCCCCGGGUGGAACCAAACAGCCGGGAGGACGCCCAGCGCCUGUGGCAGAGGGAGAAGAGGCACAUGCACGACACCCUCCGCCAGCAGAAAGCGCAGAUGAUGGAGGAUGAAAUGUGGCUGCAGCAGGAAGAGAAACUCCUGGACCCCAUGGGACCAGAGGAUCCCACCAGGCCAGAGUUUCGUGAAGAUGACACAUCACAUGCUCCGCCAGACAAGCCCCCACGGCUCACAGCGCAGCCUGCGCCCACAGCUGAACUGGACCGCUCUGAUGACAAAGUGUAUAAAGCCGUCAUGGACGUGGUCAAAGUUGUCGUUCAGCUAAAGAAUGACAUCACUGAACUGCAGUCAGAUGAUUACAUCACCAUUGUCAAGUCUGCAGGGAUGGCUUUACGAGAUCUGAUUCGCAGUGUGGAUGACAUACUGCCCACCCUACACGAGUCUAUCAGGACUGAGAUCGAGGGCACCCAGAAGCUGCUGAACAGCGACAUGGCCGAGCUGAUCAGUAAGAUGCGUCUGGCCCAGCAGAACGCCAUCACCUCUUUGAAGGACGAGUGUAAGAAACAGCUGCUGGCUGCGGCGCACACGCUGGCUAUGGACAGCAAGAACUUGUUGGAUGCCGUGGACCAGUCGAGGGUCAGGGCCAACGUAGCCAAGCCGGUUCUCCCCUAGUGGACUGUAAAACCCUCUGGUUAACUUUAAAUCAGACUCUCUCUCUUACGAGUCAGACAUUUGCACACAGCUGGACAUUUCCUUUGUGAUGAAAUCUGCCUCUUGCAGCCUCUUGUCCCCUCAUUCAUCAUCCUGUAAAUGUAUGUUGUUAAAUUUGAAUGUAUAGUGGUAGAACUCGGGCUAACUUUGAGUGUGUAUACUGGAAUGGGGGAUUUAUAGGGUAGUCUACAGAUAUCAGGCACUGUAUUUAGGAUACAGUCAGUUCUGACAAACUUCCUUUUAUGUGAACUAUUAUCGUUUGUGUCUGGUGAGUCAUUGAUUCAAUUGCUCGCUUGGAAAUUGAAACAUCCUUGUAAAUAUAAAACAAGUCUUCUGAAAAAUACUGUAGUUUUUACUGCAGGGGGAUACAAAUGCAACUCAAGUAAAUGUUUUAGUCUUUUAAAGCUGUCAAUAGUUACGUGUGUGAAGAGUAAAGAUGAUAAAAUGAAAAGGUUU